AUGGACGCGAAGACGACGCGCUUCUUAACGCAAUUCUCGUGCGCUGUGUUCCAGCAGUGGGCGCAAACAACCGAACGCGAGCAAUUCUGGGAGAAUGGUGCUUUUUUGCGCGAGAUGUUGGAGGAGGCGGUGGCCAAGCUGCCGCCUGGAAAACUUAAAGCGCAACUGGCACGGGAUUUGACGUCUCUGGAGACGCAGUUGGCCUCACUACUGCGUGAGUUGCACGUCGAAUAUGUGGAGGAUCAGCAGAAGGAACCGCAGCAAACGUAUCAGACGCGCGGUGCGCCGCUGAACGAGGUGACGACGGAGCUGGAGCUGGCACAAGGGACCGCUGACAAACAGCGCAGACUCGUUGGGGUGCUAGCACUAGACGCAGGCAUCGAUGGGGCACUGCAAGCGGCUGAUACACCAGACAUGGAUGCCGAGAAGAUCGCACAGAUAUUUGCGCUAAUCGCGGCGCGCAGCUACGAAUCACCACAACAGCAGCAGCACAAGCGAGGCCUUGUGCUGAGACGUCUGGCAGCGUCUGUGAAACAGCAGAUAGAGAAAUUGCCGAACAACUGGAGUUGCAGCAAAGACGACGAUGCAUCUAAGCAGGUGCAACAUCUUCGUGAUCUGCUGGAGCGCGUUGUGGUUCAGUACGCGGUGGCGCUGGAUCGGGUUGCUAGUAAGGAGGUGGUCAGUUCUGCGGGGGACUUGGCAGCCCCGUGGACGGCAUUUUACCGUCCGGAAGAGAGCGAGGAGCUGAAGGUUGUGGACUACGAUGGAGAAAUGGCUAACAUCUACGGCGCGCUGCUCGCGCUGGCAAUUUAUUUCCCAAUUGAAAGCGAUAAUCACGAUGAGAAGACGUCGGACGAGUCUUCCGCUUCGGAGGACGAGGAGCAAGAGCAGACAUCGAAGCAGAACUCACAGAAGCGGAAGCAAUUGAGUAGUAUUACGCAAGCUCAGCUUACAACUCGACAAGUACUGCUGGCCGCCCAGAUGCACCAGCGUGGACGUCACCAAAACAAUCAGUGGCUCGUAUCUGUUCUGACCUUCGUGCACGAUUUGUCCAAGCCUACGACUUACCUAGAUGAUGAUGAGGAGGAGGCUUUCGAGAAACAGGACCGACUUGCACUGCUUGACUGUCUCGGCCAAGUUUAUUCGCGCGCGUUCGCUAGUGUGGCUCUGUUCGACCAAUCUAAAGAGAGUGUUACAGCAGAUAAAGUUGCACUGCUGGAUCGUGCGCUUAUCGAGGCCGUAGUGUGUGUGCGUCAAGCGGCAGAGUUCAUGCGUGCUGAGCUUAAGUCAAGUCUACCGGCCAUCACCACGGCUUUGGCUCAUCUGGCCGGUGUGCCACUUUCUGUGGGCUUCGUGUCUUGGUUGGACCACGAGCAGACAGCGAAUCCCAAGUCUGUGUUUGAGAAGGCUACACAGCGGUUAUGGAAGAAAUGCAUAGACCAGAACCAGAUGGUAAACAUUCUGCUGAGUUCAACUGACAUGACGACGGAGGAGCUUCUUCUUGUUCAGAAGGUGAGUUGUCUUGGCUGCAUUGAAGUGUUGAUCCUUGCUGCAUGGUGA